UAUUGUUCCUAUGCCGUAUCCAUCUUGUCUCCAUCCUGGUCCUUGUCCUUGGAUGACUCCUCGUUUUCCUUUUGUUGGGACUCUCCUCCCUCCUCCGGAAUUUUUUCCAAGGCAGCUUUGCGUUCCUGCUCCUCUCGCUCCCGCCUUUCCUUCUCCUGUCGGUUCUUUUCCUCCUCGAGGGAUAGCCGCAGUGCGAACGCCAAUUCCGGAUCGUUCUCUGCCGCAUCUUCAAAGCCGAAUGCUUCGCCGCCCUCCGUACCGGCAGCACCAACACCGAGACCAGCACCCUCGCCGCCCAGAAUAGGUGUCGCCUGCAGCUCCUCGCUGAGCAGGUUUGGCCCAGGAGGGAUGAUGGCCAGGUGCGAGCCGUCCCCACCCUUGACAUUCUCAACAAACGCCUCCAACUUCUUGGUCGUGUCAGAAUCCA